AUGAUUGCGAAAAUCAAAAAAAUAUUUCAAAAAAGAGGACUGCUUUUCUGUGUUGCCGGUUUAUAUUUCCAUCUCUUGCGUUCGGCGAUGGUAGGCAGAAACAUGACUGAGGAGCAUGUAGGAAUGCUGCUCGAUUUUCCAGAAAACUUCUUUGAAAACGGUUAUCUUAAUAAUCGUGCUGUUGGUAUUUGCGAUGGUGAUUAUCAAUAUCUCGUUAACAAGCAAACAGAUCUCAGAUCGCCGAAAUUGCCACCCAGCCACGUCACCUACACCAGAUGUCAAAGCAGAUUUAUCCCCGAUACUGAUGGCCUCAUUUUUGAUUUUGAAUAUUUCGACAUUGGCCCCAACGAAUAUGUUGUUUUCACAGAUGAAGGCAGAGUUCAAUACUGGUUUAGUGGAUCAUUAUCGGGAAUUCGAUUUUCUUUCUUCUCUUCAUACGUUGAUGUUGGUUUUGUCUCUUAUGAACAAAGCGAGGAUACCCUUGGAUUUUCAAUCAAGGUCAGCAAAGGAUACGACAUACACAAGGACAUCGAGAAGUUUGUGCUUCCUUAUACAUGCAUCAAAAGCAGCUUCAUCAAUUUCAUGAAAAGAUGGAAUAUCAACUAA